AUGAUAUUGGUUGUGAGGGGGACAGCGGACGACCCUUUGGGCCGCGUUCCUACUCAAGAUUGCCUUACCCUUAUGGACGGGAUGUUUGUUCCCAUCCUAGUACCUAUCUUUAUCCGUGGUUUCACUGGAGGACCAGAGCAGGUGAAGCUCUGGGUGGAGUCUGGCAGGCCCGUAUUCUUUGGAAUCGGAGGUCAGAUCGCGGAUAUGUCCGCGACUCAGUUGUCGGGAGUCAGAGCUAUUCCUACCGACCGACUGCUAGUCGAGUCGGAUAGUCCUGAGUUUCCUUGUGGAGUUGAAGCGCCGAUGGGCCCCAGGCACAUCGGAGAAGUGUACCGCAGAGUAGCCGCAGCGAGGGGACAGGACGUCGCCUUGCUAGCGGGCCUGGUUUUUAGGAACUUCAGGGUGUUCUUUGGGCCUCAGUUGAGGGGGUCGUUGUAA